AUGGAUAGUCCACCUCCAAUAUCUAACAGCCCAUUGCCUAACGAAGUCCAAACUCCUUCUCCAAAGAGGUCCAUUUUGAAAAAUCUCAGCACUACAGGUGAUAUCUCCUUCGUAAAAGAAAACGCAAGCCCAAGGCGAGAAAAAGCAACAAAAGGCCGUGAAAUGUGAAAUGCAACCAAAUCCAGAAAAGACCUCGAAGCCAAAGUCAAAACUCUCCAAAACAGAAUCAACCACCUUAGACUUCAAAAAGAAAGGUCUUUGAAGCAUAUUGAAAUCUGCAAACAAAGACAUGAAGCAGAAGCAAAAUCCAAGAGUGAAUGGGAACAAGAAGUCAAAGCUUUGCAGACUAAAAAGAUGGAAAAAUUAAUUGAACAAGAAGAAAAGAAAAAGCUUGUGCAUGAAAAAAUCAGAAAGCAAAAAGAACUUAUAAAAGAAGCCAAGGAAAAAUUGUUGCAGAAAAAUAAAGCCAACUCGUCAGCAGCAAAAAGAGAAAGCAGAGAAUUUGAAGAGAUGAAGAAAAAGCAAGAAGAGGAGGAGCAAGAAAAAGUGCAAGAAAGAGCAAGAUCAGCUGUAAAAGAAAAAAGAGCCCACCAUCAUAGAAAAAGCACAAAUUCGCUGCUUUUCUUAAAGUCAAAAGAAGCUGAGUUCCAUCAGAGAAUUGAGCUGGAAGCUUGUCUAUCUGGAGAAGCCAAGCAGAAAAUUGAUGAACUUGAACAGUUAGAAGCGAAUUUAAUUGAUGAGCUCAGAGAAACCAAGCUGCUUGAAGAGUUGGAGCUCAGCAAGACUCCUGGUCUUUCUUUCUUUUCUCCUCGCUCAUCUAAAACAAGCAGAGAUAAUUAA